AAUUUACCUAUUCUGUGUCUAAAUUUGGAUAAAUAAAUUUUUUAAUUAUUUUUUAUUUUAUUUUCAAAAUAAUAAAAAUAAUCACAUUUAAAAGAAAAAGAAAAAUGCGCCCUUUUUAAAGAAAUUAUCUCAGGCAGUGACCUAAUUCUAUGGCAGACAUGCAAUAUGAACGUAGGAGGCGCCUUUUCUUAUAUAAAAAUCUCUUCUAUAGAACAUGCUGAGGUUUUAAGAGUCUAUAUUUAAUUACUUUUUGCCGGCAAUUGUGUGUUUUUAUUCUGAUUUCAACGCUAAAAACCAAACUCAAAAUAAACUUAAGUGCCUUCCCAACAGUUUGAUAACACAAAAAAGAAAAACAACGUGUAUUUCCAUGCUUUACUUUUACUUUAUAUUUUGAAACAAAAACAAACCCACAACUUGUUCUUUUUUUUGUUGUUUUUCAUUACACGUACUGAAAAAUUUAAUUACCAGAACGCGCAGAUAAUCAUUUCUAAUUUUCCACCGUUUCAUAUUAUUUUGUAGACUUGUUCAUUUUACGUCUUUUUUGUGAAAAAGUUUUUCCAUACUCGCCUGAUUAGAAUAAAGGUCGUCGUCAUUAACCUUCUGGAAAGUUACCUUUCAACAAUAAAAACCUCGGGAGUUUUUUCUUAACAGAGACGCGUUGACUUCUCAAUACUUCAUCCACGACAAGGUGCUAACGGUAGGUUAAUUAAUUAUUACCGCGUUUGUGUCUUAUUUAGCUAUCUCCAGCAACAGCUAGUGCUACAUUGUAGCUAUUAGCUUAAUUAGAAAUUAGUGCAGCGCAUACAUUUAUUUUGCUGAUGCUACAUUUAUAUUAUUUCAUGAGCUAACUCGAAGUCAUUCACUGCAAAACAAGAUAAAAAUGUGUUUUAUAUUUAUCCAAGAACUCUUCCUAAAUUAUUCAUCACAUCUUUUAACUAUUUCUACUGUUUAUUCCAAAAUGAAUUUCUCCAGUGUCAAAUAGGAAAUACAAGAUGACUGAUGUUUCAAGUGGAAGAAGAAAAAAAAGAAAGUUGGCACCCAAAGCCCCAAAGGGCCCAUCUGACAGUCCCAAAGCCAUAAUGCUCAAUUCAUCCCUUCUCCUCCUGGAAGUACCUGCAGAUACCAACACCAGCCUCCCGGUGUGGGAUGCCCUGAGAUCCCUGAAAGUCGGCGUCACCUGGACGGUCAAACCUUAUGGCAUCAGUAUCAACAUAACACCUCUUACUGUGAAGCAGGAAGACAUCACCGCUUCCUGUGAGAGAGAAAACACAUCCAGCGUGGCGGAAACCUCCAGCCUUCAGCCACAGAUCCAGAACACCUCCUGUGCGUUGCUGACUUUCUUCCACAACUCCCUGCCAACACUGCCCCACACAUAUCAACCAAACCAGAGUCUUGUCAACCCGAUUUCUGUGUCACUGCCUCUCAUCAUCACUCAUUCUCCACAAGGAUAUCAGCCUGGCACCAUGGCAACCAUAAAGCUCCCACCUGCUGUCCAAGCACCUACAAGUGUUUCCGGUGACCUAGAUGUUGAACCCAAGAAACCUAAUCUCUCAUCAUUUCACACAAAGGUCUCCCAUGACAUCCUCAUCUGUGACAACUUCCUUCUGGGUACAUGUGAUGCAGGGGUAAAGUGUAAGAUGCACCACACACCUUACCCAUUUCACUGGCAGCUGCGGUCUAUAAAGACCCACCAAUGGAUCGACCUAUCACCUCGUGCUCAAGUCUUACUAGAGAGGAGCUACUGUUGUGCUGAACAGAGCAAUGUUACCCUCAUAGACAAGCAAACAUGCUGCGUCCUGGACUUUGAUACAAUGGACUUGGAUGAUCUCUCAGAGUAUGAUGCAGUUAGGCGACUUACUAACUCGGAGAGCAUAGAAAAAAAUCCUCACUUUCCAAGCAGGAGCAAAAUCUACUGGUGUGAGGGCAUCAACUACAAAGAGUACAGUGCGGUAACUUUUGCUUUAUUUGUUUCAUUAAUUCUCAUUUGA